GCUGGACGCGAUGCGGGCGACGGGGCUGGAGGCGGCGGUGCGCGCGCGCACCGUCGACGAGCCCGGGCUGGCCAUCGUCCACCGCCGCGGCGGGAAGGUGCAGGCCUACUUCGCCGCCAACAAGUCCGGCAAGGGCGCCCAGGGCUUCUCGGCCGAGUGGGAGAUCAUGCGCGGCGAUCUGUGCGAGAUCCUGUACGAGGCCACCGUCGGGCUCGAGGGUGUCAAGUAUGUGUUUGGUACGUCGGUGGAGGAGUUUCGGUCGGUCAAGGACGGGAAGGCCGUGCACGUUCGGCUUUCGGAUGGUACGGAGGCAGAGUAUGAUCUGCUUGUUGGGUGCGACGGGCUGGGUUCCAAGAUCCGGCGGCGCAUGUUUAGCGAUGGCCGGCCGGACAGGUUGAGGCCGAUUGGCAUGCUGUCGGCGUUUUAUACCGUUCCGCCGCGCGAGGGCGACCCGGCGUACGCGACGAUUAUGAAUCUGCCUGGUCGGAGGCAUGUCUUGACGCGAAGGGACAGGCCGGAUUGCUUGCGGGUGUAUCUCGGCGCGCACGCAGAAAGUGAGCACGGCCCGGAGUUGAGCAGGGUGCUCAAGAGCAAAGGGACGGUGGCGGAGAAGAAAGAGGCCUGGAAGAAGGUGUUCAGGGCCGAUAUGCACAACACCCACCAGCUGCAGCGGUUCUUGGACGCGCUCGACUCGCCCGAGGCGGACGACUUUUACACGGUUGAAUAUGCACAGGUCAUGAUCGACAGCUGGUCCGAAGGCCGGGUCGUGCUGGUCGGCGACGCAGGGUAUUGCCCUUCCCCCAUCACGGGCUUUGGGACGUCGCUGGCCAUGAUCGGUGCCUACGUGCUGGCUGGCGAGAUUGCGCGGGCUUGUGGGGGGGCUCAGGGCGAGACCGAUCCGUGGGAUAAUAUCCCCGCUGCGCUGGCGGCAUACGAGACGAAGCUGCGGCCAUUGGUAGACCACGUUCAGGAUAUCGACAUCGACCGCAGGACCGGCCUCUUCCUCCCCGACAGCGCAUGGGCCAUUGCACUCAUCAGUUGGAUCGCUUGGCUGAUUUCCACGUUGCGGAUUGACCGGCUGGUCACGAGGUUUGGGUCGGACGACAAUGGCCCAUGGAAGCUGCCCGAGUAUCCGGAGCUGAUGCCGGUCAAGAAGGCGUGAGCGGUGGUCUUGGGGAGAGGAAGAGAAAGCAUCGCCGCUCAGUGUCGAUCCUGCUAUGUAAUAUGUAUUGUACAGUGUUCCAUUUUAGCGACAUAUCUUUAGGUUCUUUGAUAGUGCUUGAGCGAUGAUGAGUAAGCCGGUACUAGUAGUUGGUAAUACAGUUCGAAUGCCUGUCAUGUACUCAUGUAGUAUGGACAGCCGGUACCCAGAGUUUG